UCAUACAAUGGUGCACUUGAGCACCGGGAUGCUAUUAAGCCUUUCAGACUACUACAGCUUGAAUUCCAGCUCUCAGGAAAGACAAACAUCCCAAUGUAGGAUACAUGGCACAACACGCAUCGUCAAGAAACAGCAACAAGGAUCAAGUGUAAGACCGGAAACAAGGCAAUGUCUCAGCGAGCCGAGUCCUCCCAAUGUGGCGGCGUUGUGGUCGAGUUCGAGCCUGACGACAUCAGGAAUGCGAGAGCCAAAAAAGCCAGGAGCAUACCAGGUUCAGCGCUUAUCUACCUCAAGGGUCCCAAGUUCCUCAUCUAUGUCAGUGGAGCGUUGUCAAUGUGGGGUGACCGAAUGUGGCACUUUGCCAUCUCUGUGUUCCUGAUUGAGCUGUACGGACGUAACUUGCUGUUGACUGCAGUGUUCGGCUUGGUGGUGGCCGGCUCGGUGCUCCUCCUCGGAGCUUUGAUCGGGGACUGGGUUGACCGCAAUCCCAGGAAUAAAGUUGCACAUGCGUCUCUUUUCAUCCAGAACAUCUCAGUGACAAUUUGUAGCAUUGUGCUCAUGUUGGUCUUCUCAUAUAAGCAAAGGAUUGAGCAGAUCUGGGACGGCUGGCUUACUGUGGUUUGUUAUACGGUGGUGAUCGUCCUGGCAGAUGUGGCAAACCUCGCAAGCACUGCGCUGACCAUCGCCAUCCAGAGGGACUGGAUCAUUGUCAUCACCGGUUACAACCGAGGCCACCUGGCCGGAAUGAAUGCCACCAUGAGACGGAUAGAUCAGGUGACCAACAUCCUGGCACCGCUGGCGGUGGGGCAGGUCAUGACCCUAGCCUCCAACGUAGUUGGUUGUGGCUUCAUCCUGGGAUGGAACCUCAUCUCUCUCAUUGUGGAGUUCUUCUUCUUGUCGCGGGUGUACCGCAUCGUACCCGCUCUUUCUGUCAAACCACCGACGGUGGAGGUGGACCAGGCCAAUCUGCAAGGGAUGGACCAGAGAGGAACGCAAGGUGAAGGUCAAGUGGUUCAUCCUCUGACAGAAAGCAACAGCGAUGCGAGCCUUCACCUGAAAGAAAUCACCAACCUCCCGCUGUGCUUCCGGAGGUUCCGCUGGCUGGUGAGCACCUGCAAGGACGGAUGGAGGUCUUACUAUCAGCAGCCGGUCUUCCUGGCGGGAAUGGGCCUGGCGUUCCUCUACACCACCGUACUGGGCUUUGAUUGCAUCACCACCGGCUACGCCUACACUCAAGGCAUAAGCGGCUCCCUCCUCAGUUUGCUGAUGGGCGUGUCGGCCAUCACGGGUCUGAUGGGCACCGUCAUGUUUACGAGACUGAGGAAGACGUACGGUCUGAUCAACACUGGCAUCAUCUCCAGCUGCCUCCACCUGGGCUGCUUGCUCUUGUGUGUUUGCUCCGUCUUUGCCCCCGGCAGUCCCAUGGAUCUUAGCUUGCUCAUGCCCUACUUUACCUCAAACUCCUCCUCGGAGCUUGGAGAAAUGGCGAGUCAAAGACAAAAACAUACGUCUCCGCUGAGGGGAGGCAGCAAUCAACCACUUUUGCCCGACCGCUCCUCCAUCCACUGGACCAACAACACUGUGCUUUUUGACAACGUGCCCUCCGGUAGCGCGCCGGAGUCUUACAUCUCCAUCAUCUUCUUGUUCAUGGGGGUCAUCACGGCACGCAUCGGUUUGUGGUCCUUUGACCUGACAGUCACCCAGCUGUUGCAGGAGAACAUCUGUGAGUCCGAGCGAGGUGUUGUAAAUGGGGUGCAGAGCUCUAUGAAUUACCUGAUGGACCUGCUGCACUUCAUAAUGGUCAUCUCUGCUCCACAGCCGCAGCAUUUCGGCAUCCUAGUUCUCAUUUCUGUGCUUUUCAUCACCACUGGACACACUAUGUACUUCCUGUAUGCGCACAAAGCCAAGAGAAAACGUCGCCCGGCCACUUAAAAGGGGAGACAAAGGCCACAAAUGCAAGCAUGAGAUGCUUUACCAGCUCUGAG